UCAGGAAACAGGAACUGCUCUCCAGUUCUCGCGAGAAGUGAGGGUGGGGAGGGAAAGGCUCAGGGUUUGAAACAUGGCGAACGACAUGGACCAGCAACAAACUACCAAUACUGUAGAGGAGCCCCUAGAUCACAUCAGGCUCAGCCUGGAGGAGCAUAUUUAUAUGAAGACGAGGAAUGGCCGAGACCUUCAAGGCAGAUUACAUGCUUAUGACCAACACUUAAAUAUGAUGCUAGGAGAUGUGGAAGAAACUGUGACUACCAUAGAAAUUGAUGAGGAGACGUACGAAGAGAUAUACAAAUCAACAAAAUGGAAUAUCCCAGUGCUCUUUGUCCAGGGAGAUGGUGUUGUACUAGUUGCCCCUCCUCUGUAUCCUGUGUAG